GCGAAAUUAGCGAGAGCCCGUGGUUGUAGCAGGAGCAGGAGCAGGGGGCGAGCAGCAGCAGCAGCAGCAGGGGAUGGAUUGAUGAGAGCGAAGCGUGCACUCUUCGUUCAUGUGCCGGGGCGUUUACUUUUGGACUGGGCUGGCCUUGUUCUGUCUCUGUGCGUGUCCGUCCUGCCUGCGAUGCGAUGGGGUCGAUAUGCUUCGCUCUGUGCAGCACAGGGGAGGACAUUUUUAGGUUUGUGACUCUCUAGGGCGCACGGCACGAGGACUGAGACGAGUGACCGACUGCCGCGGAAGAAGAAGAAGAAGAAGAAGAAGAAGAAGCUGUUGUUGUGCUUGUGGAUGAUGGAUUUGGUGUUUUAGGUAGUCGUGAGUGAGGGAAAGUGAAGGUUGAGGUUGGACUUAGAGUCGAAGGUGCAUCGACAUAGUUGGACUUAGAGAGAGUCGAAGGUGCAUCGACAUCGAAGUAAGGGAGGAAGAGGGUGAAGCACGGGCUCCAUUCAGGGAGUUGGCUGGCGAGGAGGGCGGUGAAUUUGGGUUGGCGGUGCUUCGCUCGCAGUAGUCGGAAGGGGAUUCGAGAUUCGGAGGUGAGAUUUCAGGGCGGUGCUGUCAGGUUGAUGCGGGUCGAAGUGAUAGCAGGGAAGCAGAGCAAAAGGAGGAGGGCUAUGGCGAAGGAGUGAAUAUGGCACACGGGCAUGAGACAGGGCUAGCUUGGGAAUGGGACAGUGUAUUGCUCCUGGCCAACCCCUCCCUCACUUCGCAUUCUCUUGAAGGCGAUGGAAGUACAAGCUGCGGGUUGCCGGGGUCAUCCGCAGCAGAUCAGAACCACGAGCACGAUAAUCAUUGUCACGAGCACAAUCAUGAGCACAAUCAUGAUAAGUUUCACGCACAUGAGACCUCAUCCGCCGACCAUGUGCAGACGGACUCCAUAUCCUCGGGUUCUCAGCAGAUGGGAGUGAACACGGAUUGGAGAGAUCCAAGGCUGGAUUGCCCGAAUUUUUUGGCCGGUAGAGUUCCCUGUGCGUGCACGGACAAUGAUGACGAUGACAGUGGCGUGAGCCGGAAACGAUCGAAGCCCGUGCCUCGGUGUCAGGUUCAAUCGUGUGGUGCCGAACUUACAAAUUUGAAGGGAUAUCAUCAGCGUCAUCGAGUGUGUCUGCGGUGUGCUCAUGCGACCCGUGUAGUACUGCGAAAUCAGCCCCACCGAUACUGUCAGCAAUGUGGCAAGUUUCAUCCCAUCUGUGACUUCGAUGAGGGAAAGAGAAGCUGCAGAAGGAAACUGGAGAGGCACAACAACCGGCGCAGGAGGAAGGCGCUGGAGUCAGAGGAUACUCUACCACCCCUGGACAGCGGGGACAUAGAACCACGAUCUGACAGCAGCCCAGCGGAUGAUGCAAUGAACACUACUAAGCCUAUCCUUUUCCUUGAAGGAGAAGACAAGGCUUCAAGUGGAGGCGGAGUAGGUUUUGAUUCAGAAAUGGCUCAGCCAUCCGCUGUCGUAACUCCUAAUGGCAAGUUCAUUGCAUCCAAAGAAGCGGAUGAGGCAGUCAUUGCAACGGUGGGAACUGAUGUCGAGAUGUCUUUGCAACCAUUAGCCCCACCUGUGGAUAAAAUCGUCGAGGAGAUUUUCCCCACGUCUGAACCUUCAACGAAGAGUCCAGAACUCGUGCAUAGUCCGGAGGUGCAACAUGUCCACAAGAAAGAUUGCCUUCCACAUCCCGAGCAUGUUCCUAUCAGCAGGGACAGUCAUUUGAGCAAUACCCAGACUAUGAGUACCAACGACAUGUCAUCGCACCACAUCUCCCCUCGAGAUCCACAAGAAGCUGAACGCUUAGUCAGAGGGCACGAUGAAGAAUCGUUGUUAGCACUGCUCAUGGAGGAUAACUCUGCCACAGAAGGCUCGGGUUUGUCCCAAAAUGGAAGUGUUGAGGUCAGUGAGGCACUUCUCUGGGAUUCUUCUCCACCUCCAAUCAGACCCAGUAAACAAGCAACCUACUCUUCUCCAAAUCCAACUGGUCGUAUUUCAUUCAAGCUUUACGAUUGGAAUCCUGGUGACUUUCCUCGGCAGUUACGCCAGCAGGUUAUGCAGUGGCUGUCACAAAUGCCAGUUGAUCUGGAGGGCUACAUACGGUCGGGAUGCACCAUUCUUACUCUAUUCGUCUCCAUGCCUCAGCCAAUGUGGGAGAAACUGAAUGCAGAUUGGACCGAGUCCGUUCUUCGUCUUGUGAGAGGACAAUGUGGUACUUUCAAAUUUUGGAAUUCUGGAUACUUGAUUGCCAGAGUGGGUCAGCAAAUUGUGCAUGUUGAGAAUGGUAAAGCGGUACAUCCUCUUUGUGGAAGAAGUGACCAAGGUCCAAUGCUGGAAGGAGUCUACCCGAGUUGUCUUGAGGCAGGAGUCGAGCAAGUUGUUGUGAUCUCAGGAAGCAACCUUCAGCAAUCCGAAUCAAGACUUUUAGUUUCUUUUGAUGGCUCGUAUAUCAAGAACGAGGUGUCAAGUCCUGGCAUGGAUAAAGAAAAGGCAGAUAGCAGCAGUUUGCUUCAGGCGACCUUUCCUGCUCUUCACUCCCAAAAGUAUGGGACAGCUUUUAUUGAGGUAGAGCACACCACAGGGAUUAGCAACUUUAUUCCCUUACUUGUCGCUGAGAAGAAAAUCGUCGAUGAAGUCAGAACCCUUGAACUGGAGAUAGACACUGCCACUACUUCUUGUUGCUCUUCUCAGAGUCACGACUCAAGAUUUCAGCCUCUGAAUCAGAAGAGGUAUCAUGACCUGCUCGUGGAUCUAGGAUGGGUUUUACGGAAUUAUACUCUCAAUAAUUUCAAUCCACACCAUCAGUCUCUGGGUCAGGAUGUCGAACGGCUGCAAGGGCUCCUGUUAUUUGGUGUCAGGAGAGGAUGGUACACCACAGUCCAAAGAGUAUUGCAGGUUGCGAAGAGAUCAGGUGUGAUCGAGAGGAUUGGUUUCUUGAAGAAUGGCAUGACUGCUUUACAUGUUGCCCUUCUACAUCAGCAGUUUGCAAUGAUGGAUCACCUUACCUCUCUGAUGGCGUCACUGGCUUGCGCGGGCUCGUGUGCUAGUAACUCCUGGUGGGAUGUCGACUGUCCUGUAUCAAGAGGAUUGACAGCGCGGCAAGUAUUAACCCUGCAAGCGAAGAGGAUGCAUUAUGGUUCUGCAAAGCCGGAGGGGAGGAAGCUUUUCGGGAAAAGCCUAGCAUAUGAGAUUCGCCAUGUUUCACAACCCAACGUUAACCCUGACGAACGGAGGUUUAGCAAGGGCUGCAACUCCAAAGCUGAUAUUUGUCCAAAGAACUUGGGUUAUCGACUUCUCUCGAAGGAAAGCCCUGAUUACCAUGAGGUGGACGUUCUCUGCUCAACAGAGGAAGAAGAAGCUAGGUUCUUCUUUCCUAGUGUAGACCAUUCCCGGGGAAAGAUCUCUACGUGGAAUUCAUUAUUGAGAAGGGACGAUGUUGACACACAGGUAAAAUCCCUUGUACCAUAUGGGAGAUCUAGAUGUUCGGUGGAAGGUUUGACCAUGUACAUUAGUAGAGCUAGCACAAGGAGGCCCGUAUACGCGAGUACUGUGGGUGUCCUACUUGUCUGUGCCGGACUUUGCGUGAUGCUGCAACAUCCGAAUGAGGUCAUUGAGCUCUCUUUGUCUUUACGGCGGUGUCUAUGGGGCCUUCAGAAUGGGCCUGUGUGAUCUAUUAUAUAGCAGUCAGAGACUGUAUUGGGGAUUAUUGCAACAUGUUUACGUUGUAUAUGUUUGGAAGCCAGCUGAUGACGAUCUACACACGGAAGAAAACAAUUGUUGUUGUAGUUCGACCCGUCGUGUACCAAAGAUAGCUCUAAUUAAUUUUUCUUUUUUGACGGUGAGGAUUCAGUUGGUACUACUCCUUUGUGGAGUUCUGCCUACUUAUAUUAGAAUCACAAGAACUGCAGUCACCAUUGAAACCCCUUGAGGUAAAUAACCUUCAUGGGUUCUUCCUGUAUUUGUCAUGUUACUGUCUUCACGCUCCUGACCAAUAGAUUGCGGAAGCGAUGGAUCGGUGCAAGUUAUCCACAUCGAAAGCUCACUUCGCGUUCACCUGUUCAG